UUGCCUUGCCGCCGUUAGGGUUCAACUAUGAUCAUAGUUCCAGUCACCGUGCCGGACGAUCUCAUCGCCGAAGUACUCUCCUUGCUCAAAGUAAAAUCUCUGAUGCGGUUCAAAUGUGUGAGCAAAUCCUGGAACUCACUCAUCUCCGAUCCAUUCUUCGUCAACAUGCACCUCAUCAAAUCUUCCCAAAACAUUCCCCUAACGCUGUUCUCCUCACACUUUUCAAAAUAUACCCUACUCAACCACUUCCCCACCCUCCGUUUUCUCGAGAAACUAUCUAUCACUCUCGCCAAUGAUAUUACUGACAACCGAUUCAUAAACAACAGUAACUUGCUCGUUGGUUGCUGCAAUGGACUGUUAUGCUUUCUUCAUGUUUCUGUCUACAAUUGGCCUCAAGAAUGCUAUCUCUCUUUCUUCAACCCCGCUACGAAAUCAUUGUCUAAAAAGUUAGGCUAUUUUUCUCUUCCACUAAAGAAUCCCCAUUCUUGUUUCAAAUUCUCAUUUGGUUAUGAUCAUUUAACCUCUAAAUACAAGGUGUUGGCCUUCCGUCUCAACGAGGUUAGGGUUUUCACUUUGGGCGAUAAUGUUUGGAGAAACAUUCAAACUUUUCCGGUUUAUCCUUAUAUAAAUCCUCGCAACCAUGUGAAUGGCGGUGUAUAUUUGAAUAAUAGUCUUAACUGGUUCGCCUUUCGCGACAUGACUUAUUUUGAUUAUGAUUGGGAGUAUUUUACUAUUGACAAAUUUGUGAUUAUCUCUCUUGAUUUGGGAACGGAGACAUUCAAACAGUUGAUGCCUCCUAAGGUUUUCGAUGAAGUGCAGUUAUCCAUGCCAACUUUAUCUGCGUUGAUGGAUUGUCUUUGUUUUUCUCAUCAUUCGAAUGGAGAUAAUUUUGUUAUAUGGCAAAUGAGGGAAUUUGGAGUUGAAGAGUCUUGGACUAAAUUGCUUAAGUUUAGCUAUGAGCAUCUCCUUCCUUGGUUUCUUUUUUUCCGAUACAUUCCUUUGUUGCCAUUAUACAUUUUUGAGAAUGGUGAUGCAUUGAUAUGGGCAAGCGAGGAAGGAUAUGCAAUUCGCUAUAACAAGAGAGAUAAUAGAGUAGUAGAUAAAACUAGAAUGACCAAUAACUUAUAUUGGAUUUUGGCUCGGCAUUAUGCUGAAAGUCUGGUUUCGACUUGUUGAUGAUAGUGUUGCAGGGCCUUUGGCAUCAGGAAAAUGAAGAAGAACUAGACGAAGAGGAUAAUGUUGGAAAGUAUGAAGAGAGAUGCUGAUCAAUCCAAAUCAUUCACAUUAG